AUGUCCGUAGUUUCGCUCCUUGAUGUGCGGGUUGUCAACAACCCCGCACCGUUCCUCGCCCCUUAUGAAUUUGAAAUUACAUUCGAAUGCCUCGAACAGCUGCAAAAAGAUCUUGAAUGGAAGCUUACCUAUGUCGGCUCCGCAACUUCAUCUGAACAUGACCAAGAACUAGAUUCCCUACUAGUCGGGCCAAUACCCGUUGGCGUCAAUAAAUUUAUCUUCGAAGCAGACCCACCGGACCUUAAGAGAAUCCCUACGUCUGAAAUAUUGGGCGUGACGGUGAUACUGCUUACCUGCAGCUAUGACGGCCGGGAAUUUGUCCGUGUCGGAUACUACGUGAACAAUGAAUAUGACUCCGAGGAGCUGAAUGCUGAGCCACCCGCCAAACCCAUUAUUGAGAAAAUUCGACGGAAUGUCCUGGCUGAGAAACCAAGAGUUACGCGGUUUGCCAUUAAAUGGGACUCAGAAGAUUCGGCCCCUGCGGAAUACCCACCAGACCAACCAGAAGCAGAUGUCUUAGACGAUGACGGAAAGGAGUACGGAGCCGAGGAAGCUGAGCUCGAAGAAGCUCUGCUAAAGGAGCUUCAAGAGGCUGAGAAAAUUCAAACAGCACGUGACCCUGGUGAGGACCACGAGAUGGGUGACGCCGGCGAGCCAGGGGCCUCAAAUAAAGAGGACGAUGGAGAUGAUAACGAUAACGAUUCAGAUGCUGGAAGCGAAGAUCUAGAAGCUGAAAGCAGUGGAAGUGAGGAUGAGGAGGACGAUGAGGAGGGCGGCGAAGGCGAGGGUGACGACGAUGUGGAGAUGGGCGAUGAUACGGAGCAAAAGGGGGACAGCAAUAAUCAGGUGAACCAGCCACCAACGGACCAGCAUCACCAGCAGCAGGCCGAGUUGAUGGUUCAUUGA